CUCAGCAUUCUCACCAGAUGGCAUUCGUUUCUUGUCAAAACCAAAACAAAGGUGUGGGUUAGUAACUUCGUACGAAACUUCAGAUAAAAAAAGGAAUUGUUUCGUGGUUAGUUUUUAACAUACUAGUGUGACACCGUGAUCAACGUACCUACUUAACUAUUUGGCUACAAAUGGCCUACGAGCAGGAAGACCUUUACGAGAAUGUUGUCUUCCGGAAUUCACAAAUCGUUUACCCCCCAGAUAUGGCCAGCAACUUGACUCCAGCUACUGCUGCCGAUUCAAGGAUGUUUCGGCUAGAUUCCCGGCAAGAAACCUCCAAGCCAACACGACCUCGCCAAAGCCUGUUAGAUGCUUUCGAUCCAGUACUCCAGAGAAAAUCAAUAGCAACAUCAAAUCGACCAAAGCACUCUGAAUUGCUAAAGUUGAGUCAUAUUGAUUUCACAGAUGUUUCUGCGCCACCUCCCUUGCCCAAAAGAAAUGCCAGCUUCAAGGUUCACCAGUACGACCCUGUGGCAAUUGAAAACGGACGAGUUGAAUUUGAAUUGAAGGUAGAAAAAGUUCCAGCUCGGGUUCUGCCAGAUGGUGAGUCAUCUGCCACCAGCGAAGAAGAGGAAGAAUUCCCUGCUUGCCCAUCUGCACCCCGAAAUGCAACCCACAAGCAGAAAGUCAAAGGUCUGAUGAACAAAGUUACUAACGUAGACUGGUUAACUGGGCUAAAAAGACUUUCUACUAAUGUGUCACUGGCAUCGAAAGACUCGGAUCAGUUGGAUUGCAGUAGCAUUACUACACAGCAAAUGAAACUAGGUUCCACAGAUGGCUUAGGCCAUGCCGGUAUGCUUAGCUGGAGCAUAACUGGCAGCAAGAAAGAUCCACAGAGUUUGUGGACAGAAUUGAAAAACCGUGUUUUGUACGCGUACGCUGCCCAAAGAACCGAAGCCCCGGUCUACGUGAUAAAUCUGGAAAAACUCGUGUCAAUUGGUCUCUCUCGCGCCGAAGAUUUACUCUGCUUUGAGCUAGCAAGUUCCAAGGAAAAAUCCAAGAUCCUCAUAACGGUGAAUACUGAAAAAGAACGCUUCAAAUGGAUGGAGUGGAUAUUAGAGGACGCCUUUGGACACACAUUUUCAUCCGAGUUACGGAGAUGCUUCACUCGCUGCGGUCGGGUAUUCAUCAAAGACGGCAUUACGGGAGAAUGGCAAAUAGCUUGGCUACUCAUCCAGUCGCACAGCAAAAAGCUCUGGGUUAAGAAAGCGGUCGGUCCAAUCAUCUGUGAAGAUUUACGCAAAGUCCAUUCCGUGUCUCAAUUGAGCGAUGGCGGAGGAAGUCCCUACGCCCUUCAAGUUGGUUCGCCAAUAGUUAUUCACUGGGCCGACCACACGUGCUACAUUCAAAGCGAUCUCAAAGCCGAAACGGAAGCCUGGUAUCAUUUGAGCCGGGCCGUGGCUCUCCAAUCCGGUACCGAUUUGGGGGAUCACCAACUCACGGCUGACGAUGUUCCCGUUCUGGUCGAAUGCUGCAUCAAAUUCAUCGAAACCUACGGCAUGCUCACGGAGGGUAUUUACAGAAGAAGUGGAGUACAAUCCAAAAUCAAUCGAUUACUGGUCGGACUCCGCUACGACGCCUGGAAUGUUCAUAUUUCGUGUGAGGAAUAUACCGAACACGAUGUUGCUAACGUUCUCAAACGGUUCUUGCGCACAUUACCUGAACCGCUGCUCACUAAUGAGCUCUAUUCCCAGUGGAUUGAUGGUCUAGCCAUGGACAGUCACGAGCAUCAGUUGGACCUGUACAAGCACCUAAUUAGUGGACUACCCCACGUCAACAGGCGAACAUUACGAAAACUAUUAGGCCACUUGCACGCCGUGCAAAAUAAAUGUGAGAAGAAUUUAAUGUCCGUCAGCAAUUUAGCAGCUCUUUGGGGCCCUAAUUUGAUGACGGUCGAAAGCGCACGUGAUCACACUUCAAAUUUCAGCCACACAAACGCUGAAACGGAUGUCGUACUUCAGUUGAUUCAAUACUAUCCCUGGCUAUUUGACGUUGAUCGAGAGAAACUAGCCGUAAACGAUCAGAUCUCGGAAAUGCAAGAAAGGUUGGAACAGGGUGCGUUUGCCAAAAAGACGGCCGGAGAUAUCCGUACUUGGAUAUUCAGCGAACUAGUCGACCAGGACGUCGCCGUCGAGAUUGGACCAAGGGUAAAGGUCUGUGACGUCUUACCUGGAUUACGAUCUGCCGACUGUAAACCAAGUGGCGCUAUCUUGAUGGAAUCCAUUUGCCAGGGUGAUCUCAGGAGACCGCUGCACUUCAAAGAAUUGUUACUACCAGCUUUGCUCAAAUGGGCAGACUGGUCUGAGGAGUAUCGUAAAGAUAACCAACUUGUUUUCGGCCGCCAUCCCGUCAUAGAUAAGCUCUGUUUGAACGACAAGAUCCUAUUAUCUAAAUCGAUGUUCGAAGUUCACUAUUCCGGUCCCAAGAGUAAAGGAUUCCGGCAAUGUCCUUUUGAAUUCUGCCAAGCCAGAUUUACAAUCCUCAAAGAUCUUAAGGUUAAAUCCCCAUCGAAUGUUCAAGAUAGUUUUGUGAUCAGUUUUACGUUUAAACACAAAAUUCAAUUACAGAAUCAUACGGUCCACGGUCGCUGGGAUUUGGAGAACAUUUUGUGGUACCUCGGAGGUGAUUCAAAACGUAACACUCCCACAAGAUGGUGCGUUACCUUUAUCGAGAGAGAUGUUCCUGUUCCCAAAAAGGGUCACCUAUUUCUUGGCCACUGCAUGUCUUUCGCAACCGAAAAUGAUUACUUGACGUUUUUAAAGUCUCUUAUCCUGACCGAGUUUGAAGGCGGCAUUUCUGGAUUCGUCGUUUGAAAAACAAAAAAAAACUAUUUUAGCUCACGCACAAUUUUUAGUGAUCAAACAACAGAUACCGAUUAUUUAGACCACGAAAUUUAAUCCUUGAUUUGAAGAAAUUUGCUGAAGAUGGAUAAUUGUUUUUUAAAUUUUUGACACGACUUUUUACUUACCAACGUCCAAAUCCACAUUUUCCUGGCGUUGUUUUUGCAAUAUUACUUACAAGUGAACUUUCUAUUGACUAGAAAUUCAGCGCACUCUCGACAAGUCGUCACACGCACAUUUGAUUUUUGUAAUACCUUUUUCUGUGCAAUUUUAUCUUGCAAUCGUUGCCAUUUUUACCCAACAUUUCACUCGAAGGACGAGUGGGAAUUCCAAUUCCUUUCCACUUGAAAGUCGGGGCUGAGGUUGUUCCAUAGCUUCUCAAGAAUAGUUGGGACCACAAAGUGAUUACUUUUUGUUCUUUUGAAAAAACCUGCUCUCAAAAGCAUUCUAUCCUUUUUGGAAAACAAUUGUUGUUACAUGUUAGUCUUAGAACAAUGAAGCAAACAAAAAGAAACCUAAUACACUUAUAAUUUUGGAUAGAA